UCCACGUGCUGUCGCAAGGCAGGCAAUAUCACAUGGCACUACGGCGGUUCAUUUGGGACAAGCUACCAAACGCGUUCUUUAUGUUUGUGUCGUAAAGCUGCUAAAGGAAACCGGCAAAGAUGGCGAUCCCAACGAUCCUCAGGGGGAUUACCCAUGGUUUGACUCUCAGCAAUUGGGCCGAGACUGGGAGGUUACUAGCAUCAUGUUCCAUUCCUCUUCUUUCAAGUAUCCGUACAGCGACAUUUUACAACCGUAUUGGAAGAUGGGAAAAGAAGAAUAGAAUAGUUUAUCCUCCUCAGAAACCAGAAGAGCCUCGAAGACCUGCAGAAAUUUACCAUUGUCGAAGACAUGUUAAAUACAGUAUGGACAAAAUGUGGUAUCUGGCCAAGUUGAUACGAGGCAUGAGUGUAGAUGAGGCACUAGCUCAGCUGGAGUUCAAUGAUAAAAAGGGAGCCAAAGUGAUCAAAGAGGUUCUUCUAGAAGCUCAAGAAAUGGCUGUGAGAAAGCACAAUGUAGAAUUUAAAUCCAACCUCUAUAUUGCUCGAUCAUUCUCUGGGAAAGGCCACUAUCUCAAAAGGAUCCGCUAUCAUGGCAGAGGCAUGUUUGGCAUUAUGGACAAAGUCAGGUGUCAUUACUUUGUGAAACUAGUAGAAGGCCCACCUCCACCUCCAGAGGCACCAAAGACUGGGUUUGAGCAAGCCAAGGAGUACAUGCAGAACCUUCGUAGCCGAACUAUUAUUCAUACGUUGUAAUAUAUUCCAUCCUAUGCUUUCUUCCUUCCUUUGUGGAAAACAUGUAAAUAAAAUUCAUUUUAAUGAAAA